AGCAAGAAUGGCAAGAAGAAAGCACCCCUCGUGCGGGUAUAAAAGUGGCAGUCCGCCAGCGGAAGGCAUCAGUUUCAUUACAACCGUAGUCGAACACCGAACUAAACAUACAAAAUGACUGGCCGUGGUAAGGGAGGCAAAGGACUAGGAAAAGGAGGCGCUAAGCGUCAUCGCAAGGUUUUGCGUGAUAACAUCCAGGGUAUCACCAAGCCCGCCAUCCGUCGUUUGGCUCGUCGUGGUGGAGUCAAGCGUAUCUCUGGUCUUAUCUACGAGGAAACCCGUGGAGUGCUGAAGGUAUUCCUGGAAAAUGUCAUUCGUGAUGCUGUUACCUACACUGAACACGCCAAGCGUAAAACCGUAACCGCCAUGGAUGUUGUCUACGCUCUGAAGCGUCAGGGACGUACUCUGUACGGUUUCGGAGGUUAAAUCGUAUCCAUAUUUCCGCUCUCAAAACGGCCCUUUUCAGGGCCACCAAACACAUUCCCAAAAGAGUUAUCAGGUCAAUAUUCAAUUACUAAUAGCAGUCUGCCAUCGUACGGUGUUAUGUAUCCAACAAGCAAGUUUUUGAUUGCCGUCAUGAACGACUCGUAAACCCCUCCUCCCGACACAUUCUCCGUUUCAUUCGUAGCCAUCAGGCUGUGUGUUUUGUUGUUGCUCUAGAGUUCAGAUAAGUUUAUUCCUGUUUUCCAAGUUUACGCUGUAUUAGCAGGGCGAAUACGAUAACCAGCUCGGCGAAAUCUCAAGAAACAGUUACUACCUAAAUCGUUCGUUUUGACGCCUUCAACUAUCCACACAAGUUCCAUCUAGCUUCAUACCACUCACGUGCAUGCAUCUCCUACCCGGACUUCAUUGUCAGGUAGCAAUCGUUCGUGCUGAUUCUGCAUAACUGUACCAUUCCGUUU